GGUUGACAGGUGCAAAUUGCGGUGCUCGGAAAGUAGAGUCAGAGUGAGAGCUCUUCCUGUCAUAGAUCAUCUUUUCGUCUGUAACCGGUCAGAUCUGUGAGGCUAACCUGUCAAGCUACCACUUCCUCCGCCUCCUCCUCCUCGCUCUCUGAAGGCAGCUGAACCUGAGCCGUGAAUGAACCACACACCAUGCUUUCUGUGGCCCCGAUGGCACCGACAGAAACGGGAUGAGCCUUGGCGUCUUUGUUAUUUCUGUAGUCACUGUUAGUGUGAUUCAUCCCUUUUAGCCGUAGCUAGCUUCUUUUCUGUCCUGGACAAGACGGCGGCAGCUAGCCACCUUUCUCGCCACCACCGGAGGAUGCUGAAGCUGUUCAGUGCCCUGGUUAUCCUCGGACUGGUCCUUGCUUGGGUCACCUCCUGGGUGUUGGACAGCUAUGACACGGCUUGGCAUCCGAAACGGAGCGUUCGGCGUCCGGCUGUCGGCGAUGGAGGUGGAUUAAAGAGGAGUUCUCCACCAUUUCCCGGCGACGAGUUAAACAACAUAUUCUGGUUUAUACAGGUGUCUGACAUUCACAUAAGUCGAUUUCAUGAUCCAAGACGUAUCCCAGAUUUCGAGAAGUUCUGCACCAGCACCAUUGAUGUGAUCAAACCAGCUCUUGUGCUUGCAACAGAUGCUUUCAACAUAAUUUCAUUGGACAGCAUCAACAAUUAUUACAGAAAAUACUCAGCUAAUCAGAAAAUAGGUUCUUUCCACUACGUUCACAAAACCCCGUUUGGCAACUACUCCUUCGUCUGUGUGGAUGCCACGCUGACCCCGGGCCCCAAAAGACCAUAUAAUUUUUUUGGCAUUCUCAAUCAGACUCAGAUGGACUUGCUGGACUCGUUCAGAGCUGAGAGUCUGAAGAGCAACCAGUCCGUCUGGUUUGGUCACUACACCACCUCCACCAUUGUCUCCCCCUCUCCUGGAGUUAGAGACAUGAUGAGCUCUGCUGUUGCGUAUCUGUGUGGCCACCUGCACACACUCGGCGGCCUGAUGCCGGUCCUCCACAGCCGACAUCCACGAGGCACCCUGGAGCUGGAGCUGGGUGACUGGAUGGACAACCGAAGGUUCAGAGUCCUGGCCUUUGACCACGACCUGCUGAGUUUCUCUGACCUGCAGUUUGAGCAGUGGCCUUCAGUGCUCAUCACGAACCCAAAGGAUGCACAAUACUUCCACCCAGGGGUGGAGCCGCUGGGGCGGAUGCGGCAGUCAACUCACAUCAGGGUCUUGGCCUUCUCUGAGGCUAUGAUCACUGCAGUGCACGUUAGUGUCGAUGGAGAAGCUCUGGGGAAAGGCCACUCUGCUGGAGGCCCACUUUAUGUUCUGCUGUGGGAUCCGUCUCUUUACCUCACUGGGCUGCACGUAAUCAAAGUUAAAGUGGAGGACUCCGCAGGCCGCUCGGUGGUGAAAGAGCAGCACUUCACUCUGGAGGACGGUCUGACUCCCAGCUUUAGUUUCGUGCAGUCCUUCAUCCUCCUCACAGACCACUACAUCCUGGGUCGAGUCCUCUUCAUAUUCACGAUGCUGUUGAAUGUCAUCGUGCUCCUUGCUUUCAGAUUCCAUCAGCUCCCUAAUGGCAAAGGUUUCACAGGACUCACCUCUUCAGUGUGUUUCUCGCUUCACAUUAUAAGUAAAACAAACUCCUUCUACUACUCUCUGCUGCUGUUCAACCUCUGCACGGCCCUCGGCCCGUGGUUUAUAGGAGAGCUGAUAGAUGGCCACAGUGGCGCCUGCUUUUCCUUUGGAGUGUUCAUCGACGGACAUUUCCUGGAGGGCAGUCUCACAUACGUCGUCGGAGUCAUACAAUUGCUCUUCUUCAACAUCCCCCUCACCUCUUACCUCUGCUGGAGCCUGCUGCACCGUCACCACCGCAACAGCUUCCGUUCCCAUUUUGUGCGGUCGGGCCGUCACUGGCGGCCGCUGGCGAUCCACUUCCUCAUGCUGCUGCUCCUCACCUGGCAGGCCCACUCCUGUUACUUCCUCCUGGAGACCUACGGCCUCAUGGCCUUUUUCCUGUCUCCGGUCCGCACGUGGGCCUUCGGGCUCAGUCUGCUUCUGAUCCGCCACGCCUGGACAGGCCCGUUCCCUCUCGAACAUGGCAAGAGACCCGUUUCUUCGUGACAGUAAAUGCACCACAGUUACCGUCAAACCUGACUCUUGGAUAUAUUUUGCUCUUUUCACCCUGAAAGAUGGAUUUACCCCCCCCCCCACCUUACACACACACACACACACACCCACACACACGCACAGCAGCAGCAGUCCUCCUUUACUUUAACUUCUACAUGCAGAGCCACUUCAGUUAUCACUCUCCUCUUUCCAGAUAGUAUUGUUUGCUUAAUAUGCAUGUUCUUGUAAAACACUAAGGAGCACAUUUGUGACCAUAUUCAUAGCAAUGUGUACAGUGUAAAGGGCAAAAAAAACACUUUGGAUGAAAAAAAGGGUGAAAUAUUUUUACGUGAGAACUUGUCGACAGCACCCGAGCUGCUCUCUGCUGCGGUUCAAGCGGACUCAAUUUACUUGAGAUUUAGCACUUUUUUUGGACUUGUUGCCUUGGCCAAAUGCCACCUCACCACUGCCAAAGGAUGAGAAGGAAAGAUUUUAAUUUUAAUUUUUCCAUCAGAAUCCCGUUUUUUUGUUUUUUGUUUACAGAUAAAGGCCGGAUGUGCCAAACUGAUCCUUGUUUACCUUCCAAGACAAAUCUUUCAAGGUGUACGUGCACAUUUUAACUCUCUACUGUAAGCUUUUUUCCCCUUCUUUUUUAUCAAAACAUAGCUCACAGAUCAUAACAGCUGUAGUUAUGUUGGUGCGGAUGAGAAAUGUGACCACGACGAUCAUGAAAUCUAAGAAAGUGAAGUCCUUUAUUGAUCUGUGAACUAGGGUUGGGCAUAAUCGUAUCGUGUGCAAUUAAUCGUCAGAAAAACAUUAAUCGAUAAAUUUUUGGCAGUUGACAAUUAACACGAUUAAUGCCACCUGGCAGACUAACCGCUAGGGGUGUAAGAAAAUAUCGAUACACUGAAAUAUCGCAAUAUUUCAU